CCCCACAGGAGCAGGUCCUGGUGCCAAUUGCGACAGCAGAGACCGCGCGAGCGCGUUCCGAAGCGAGAUGCAAGAAGAACGCCUGGAUGAGCUGAAGCGGGGUGAGCAGGAGGAGAAAGAAGAGAAGGAGGAGGGCGCCUAGUCAAUUGCGCUCGCCUGGAAACCCGCAAUCGGCCGCUCCGGAAAAGCCCUCGGGUGAGAGACGCAUGGGGCACGGAACUGGGGCGAGACGGACGCCGCUCCCGACACCCCGCGGUUCCCGCCCGGGAGCCCCGAGCCACGGCGCUGACGGCAGGCGGCCAGCAGGGUUCCAAAAGCACUGCGUCAUGCACGACACAACACGCCUGCUGGGAAUGGUGCCCUGGAAAAGGGUCGAGUACAGUGCCCUCCGAUUCCUCCAAUGAAUCCAUGAGAAGGAAGAUCGUUGGGAAUUCGUAAACGUGGCAGUUCUACAGCGGGAAUGCCACCUUCACUGAUGCAAGAGUACGGCCAGCGCUACGGCCAGCGCUUAAACGGGAGUCUCACCCUGCGGUUUCCAGGGGGGCCCUGCUCCGAACAUCGCCUGGCUCGCUCGGACUACUGCUGGGCCCUGCUUCCUACUGUACAUGCGGUCAAGUGGCGCGACGGCGCCACUUGCUCGCCAGCAGCUACAUUCAACUUCCGACCACUCGACAACUGCGCUGGCGCGCGCCGGCGACUCACCACAAAUCCGAGGACAACACAAAACACGCUUUACAUACAGCGCUGCACGACGUACAACUGAACACCUUGGUCCUGAGACUACACAAGGCGUGCCGCGCAAGCGACGGAAAUUGCCGACGCUGGCGCCCUCUUGAAACACUUGAGAGCAUGGCUCUGGAUCACCUGGACGCUGGUGGGAGCCGUCCGCGAGGAGGAUGGGAGGGGUGGAGGAUGGAAGGACAGGGGAGGAGAGCGAACGGUUGAGAUGGCGAGCGUGAGCAGAAUAGUUAAAACGCGUCGGUAGCGGGUGAAACUGAUGGGACGAAACGCUGCCCUAGCUGCGUGAACAAAUCACGCCGCGGGUCCGAUGUCAAAUAGGCGUCGUCAACUAAUUCCUAGGUCGAAGCUCCCGUCUGACUGGUUCGAGGCGGUGCUCUCGAGGUCGAGCGCCUGCGCGGCGAGUGCGCCGCCAUGUGCGGCGAGUGCGCUGCCCCGCGAAGCGCCUCGCGCGUCGUCGUCGGAAGGACGGAAGGAGGGCAUCGCCA